UUUUAGAAAAUUUAUUUUAAUUCUCUUUCAAUAUGUUGAAAUCCAAGCUUUUUUCUUCAUCAUUUAUUGCUUCAAUUACACACAAAAAAUCAAAUUUUAAUUUUUUUCAUUGUUCUGGACGUUUAUUGCUGGAAGAUGUUCUUAAAGAACGAAUUGAAAAUUUUGUCAAAUCCGCACCCGUAACAGUUUUUAUGAAAGGAACACAAACAGAGCCAAUGUGCGGGUUUAGUCGGAAUGUUAAAUUGGUUAGAGAAUGUUUUUAA